AUGACGUUGUUGGGAAUACAGGAUUUAAAUACACUAGAAUGCCCUAUAGAACUUAAACCAUUUGUUAGUCGUAGUUUCCCCACAUUGGACAACGCCAUUGAAUUUUACGAGAACUAUGGUCGCCGUGUUGGUUUUGAUACAAGGAAGAACGGUUCAAAGAAGGUUGAUGAUAUCACCAUAUGGUUUUACAUGGUGUGUAACAGAGAAGGUGAACAGAAAUUUAGCGAUCAACAACCCAAACGACGACGUAAAUCGAAAAAAUGUGGAUGUAAUGCUCGUGUUGCAUUCAAAUUCGAUUCUGACCGUGGUUGUGUCAUUCAACAUUUGAACAUUGUCUCGUUUGACACUACGUACUCAACUAAUAGGUACUCUAUGAUUUUUGCUCCGUUCACUGGGAAGGACAAUCAUGGGCGCGCAUUGUCCUUUGGAGCUGACUUGGGCAUGAAAGUUGCUGUUGAAAAAUUUCUUGUGAAUACACGUCACAGAUGGUGUAUGUGGCACAUCAUGGCAAAAGUAGCUGAAAAGACAAGUGGAAGACUGUUAUGGAGACAUGAACUUGAAAGCGCUGAAUGGUUCGUUUCUAUGUUCGAAUCAAGAAAGUUUUGGGUUCCUGCAUACUUUAGGGACUUCCCUAACAGUUCUUUGAUAAAGGCGACUUCUGUUUCGGAAUCUCAGAACAGUUUUUUCAAGAGGUAUACUCAGUUCAGGGCUAUACUUGUUGUGUUUUUAAUGAAUUUCAACAAUGUUGUUGAUGCCCAACUAAACCACUCCGCAAAGCUGGAUUAUAUGGAUUCUAAUACUACCGCAAAGAUGAAAACAGAGUGGUCUCUUGAGAAGCAUGGAUCUACAAUAUUCAUAGAUGGUGCAUUCAAGGAAAUUCAAGAACAAAUACUGGAGGCCUAUAACCACUGCAGUCUUGUAUCAAUAUCAAAUGAUUCAAGUCCAGAGGUUUACAAGGUUUUAGAUCAUUUUUCAAACACAUGGACUGUCAUAUUCUCUGUGGAGGAUUCUGUGUGUCAUUGUGGUUGUAAGAUGUUUUCUAGGACUGGUCUUGUAUGCUGCCACAUCUUCCUUGUGUUGAAGAACAAAACGAUACGCUUGAUUCCUGAGAAUCUGAUUGGAGGUCGAUGGUUGAAAUCUCCUCUGGUAAAGGUUGUUCAUGCCGUCCAAUGCCAAGAUGUAGCAACACGUGUUUAUUUUGACGAGAAGAAGAAGGCACAAGCAACUUUGUUGGGAGAGAUGUUGGGUCUAUACCAGGCUGUAUCUGUCGAUAUUGAUCAAAUUCACAAGCUCACAUCUAUAGUUCGUGGAGCAAGAUAA